AUGCCAGGACGUUUAGACUUGACCAACUGCAACGAAUUGCCUUCUGCUACUGCAAGUGUGAUUUCGGUUUCAAUCAGAUAUAGUGGAGAUGCUGCUGUUAAUGACUAUUUUGAAGCAUCAUCAACUAAAGAAAGCAUAGGUGAAAAAACAGUCGAUGUUAGAAACUUCAGGGGACUUAAACUUGUGGGACAACAAAUGAAAGUCGAAAGCCAUGAUGCCUACUUGGUGAAGAAAAAUGAGGUCGUAUGUCAAGAUGAAGAUGAGAAUAUCACGACAUCUAACUUAUACCAUGCCAUCGCAAAAGUUGACAAUGUUGUGGUAUAUGGACAUGACUCUACUCCUUCUACAAAUGAUAAAUGGACACUAGUUAGUGAAUGGAUCGAGCUUUCUGACAUUAUACACGAAAUAUGA